AUGCCAGUUCUCGAAAUGGACGAGGCCAUGAAUUUGGCGCAGGAGGACGAGGUUGACAUCCUACAGGAAUCGGCAGAUUUCACAGAGUCCACAGCAUUUCUCCGACCCAACUUGAGGUCCACCUUUGCUGGCUUUGUCUUUUCCAGACGGCGCAUAGGGCUUGGUCUGGCUCUGGUGAGUGGCUGUAGCUUCGUGUUGCUAACGGCCUUCUUUAUGUCUGGGCCCAUCACCCAGCGAGCUGGACGCCGAUCCCAUCUUCGCCUCUGGUCUGGAGCCAGCUCUUGCCGCAGCAUGGGCUGCGACACAGACAAUUAUGUCGGCAGCUGCCAGUGCAACGACGGCUGUGUGUACUUUGACGACUGCUGUGCGGACUAUGAAGAGGUUUGCGCGGCCAGGGAUUCGUAUCAGUCAUCAGAGCUCCAGGGCUCCUGCGAAGCCUUGGGCUGUGGCAGCGACUCCCUGGGAUGCAGCGGCCUUGCAAAUUGUGCACACCUUUGUCAGUGCGUUCCCAGUUGCCGGGAGGAGGGGAAUUGCUGCCACGACUUUGAGAUGCUCUGCGAAGGAGGUGAAGGCGGCGAAGCCCAGAGCGAAGGCGGGCAAGGCAACUACCAGGAUGAUGGUGACGACGGCUCAGGUGAGUAUUGGAAGGAUGGGGAUGGCUCAGACGGCUACGUUGAUGACGACCGCUACCCACGGUCCAGCGACUCUUUCGACUGGAGCGGCGAAGGCUCAGUCCAUCACAGGCACGAAGCAACGCCUGCACCAUCCUUGCGGCCCGGGCAUGUCGGGUCCGGGACGGCGUGGACACGGCAUGCGCCGCCCCCGUCCUCGCGGUCCACACGUCUCUCAACCACCUCCAGUGAAAUUACAACCACAACCACCGAAUAUACUACAACUGAAGCUCCCUCAACUGCCAAAACCACAGAGGCACCCACCACCACACCCAGCACCACCACAAGCAGCGAAACCACCACAGUUGCCACACAUGCCACGGAGCGAGCAGAGCGACUUGGCCAUCACGCUGAUGCUGGUAGCUCCCUGGAACGCAGCGGGCGCUCCGACAGAGGCGAUGGCGACAGAGGCGAUGGCGACAGAGGCGAUGGCGACAGAGGCGAUGGCGACGGAGAAGAUGGCGACGGAGAAGAUGGCGAUGACGGCCAAAGCUCAUCGGGCUCAGAGGGUGAUGAUGGUGAUUCAGGCGGCGAUGGCUCCACUGAGUCAUCCAGCCCAGACGAUAGUGACCAUAGCUCUGACACCUCCAACUUCGCAAAACUGCAGGCAGAUAUGGUGGAACUCCUCAAGUGGCAGCAGGUGAAGGCCUGUCCGGCGCAGCUUGUGGAUCGAGACAUCCAAAUGGGCGCAGAUGCUGGUGUCUUCCAUGAUGUACUGACGGCGGCGCACUGCCAACAAAUUUGCACCCAGAGGGAUUGUGACGCUUCGGUGUGGGGCGCCAUCCGUGGCGUACAAGGCUUGUCUGACACCUGCUUCCUGAAAAAGUUCUCUGGUGCCCCGAAGAUGACGGAGCGGCAGGGUGUCAUCUCGGCAAUGCCAUGCUGUCGGAGUCCAGAGGACGCGGCAAAGUGCCCACAGCCCAUGCUCCAGACCGACCUCGAGACAACAAUGGGCUUCCCUCCUGUAGGAGGUAUCACGUCGGUGAGCGCAUGCCAGCAGAAGUGUACAAAAACGGACGGCUGCGCAGCGUUCUCCUGGGGAGCCGUGCGGAAUGUAGCUGGGCUGACGGAUGUAUGCUUCAUGAAGAAGCUGCAGCCCGACGAGUUGCCCAAGCUGCUGAACAAGAAGGAAACAAUCGCAGGCCUACCUUGCGGUUGCAAAUCUUCUCCCUCGCACGCUCUAUGGCCGCGUGAUGAGGUGCAGCUCUUCACGAUGCCGGAGCCUGCACCUCCGCGCCGCGCUGCCCCAGGCAGCUGCUUGUGCACAGCAUUGAUGAGGGCGUAUUCCUACGAAGUUGGGUUGCUGACGCAGCAGUACAAGAAGAAGCUGGGCAUCUUUGCUUGCACGUCUUACGCCGUGUACAGCAACCAGGAGAUGAUGCUUGCAGAUGGGCUUGUCACCAAGAAGGUGUGCACCUCGCAGAUGUGUGAGACUGGGGGUGAGUUCAAAACCGCGCUGAAUCUUAGAAUCUUCGCUGCCUUCUGGAAGCAAAUCUUCGUCCACGGCGACUUUCUCAACUUCAACUACUUCAUUAAAGCAGAUGCUGACACUGUCUUCAUGUUUGACAGACUUCAGCCCUUGCUGACCCGCUACGAUGACAGAGCAUCCGGAGCUGACGGCAGAGGGGUCUACUUCAACAACUGCAAGUACGGGAUGCACGGGCCACUGGAGAUCUUCUCUCAGAAUGCAGUCCUUGCACUUCAGGGUCUCUUCAAGACUUGCUACUUUUACUUUAGAAAGCUAUGCAGUGGUGAUUGCCACUGGGGAGAGGAUCUAUGGUGCGACCAAUGCCUCAAGAGGAAGGCCAACGCUACCAUAGAUCGGGUUAACCUCUACGACCUGCUCCAAGAACGUCAUUGCGAUCCUCCUGAUGACUGGGACUCUUGCAGUGACCCAGAUGUCGUCGCUUUCCAUCCUUUCAAAUCCGUGGAAGCCUGGCAAACGUGCCAUGCUAACACCUUCUAA